AAUCAGUCAGGUGCUUUCGGAGUGCCUUCUGCUCCAUUGAAUCAGUUACUGUGCGUACGGUUCAGCGUGAAUUUGUGUUCGUUUCCCUGGCCUCAACUCGACUUCUAGGAUGACGAGAGGCACGGGAAAGCCGAGCAAUAUGGUCCAUGUGUCAUUCUUCGCACUGUUCGCCGUCUGUCAGCUUGCCUUCGCCUACGCCUGCACGCCCGCUGUGAUCUGGUGCUCGCACGAUUCGUCCGACUAUGAUGCGAUGUACAGAACGAUGCCGUCGAGUCCGAAGCUGACUUCCGACGAGUUCAAAAUGAUCCUGUCGCAGUUGAACGUUACCGAGCCAGCGAUCGUCGCUGAAGAGCUAUGUGUCGAGGAUCUGCGGAAUAGCAAGGUGCUGUCAAAUGCCACUAAUGGUUCCAAAAUAUUUUAUUUCCCGUGUGUUUUGUCCGACGAGAGCUUCCAAAAGAUCUAUAAACAGAUAAUAAUAGAGGAUAUUAAUGAUCAUGAGUUCAACAUGAUUCUCAAGGACAUCGAUUCGAGCGGAUGCAUAGCACUUACUGGAAAACAGUGUCGUUACAGCUACACUGAGCGAAUAAAGAGAGAAGCGCUUGCGGACAAUUCUACUUCAGAGUUCAAGAUAAAAACAGACAAUGUUCUAUUGUAUUCCGCUCAACCAUUAAUACUCAAAAUAUCUGACAAGCCAGAAGUGCAGCUUGUUCAAUCUAAAGUCGUCGAUAUGUCGUCUCGUAAGGGCAAUGAGAGCAGGGUGACUAUCUUGACUAUCAAGCUCACCGAUCAGACCAUCGGCAGUGUAACGCUCGAGUUUUUCUUCGAGGUCAAAAGCGUCGGUUACUACACGUUGAAUAAAGUGAACUGCGAGACGACCAAUGGAGUUGAUAAUCUAUCCACCAACCGAGACAUUUCCUUUUCGUUCGGUUUCUCUUAUCAUUGCUCACCGAAAACCAUCUUCACGGACGGUACCACGUUCUUAAGUAUCACGGAUAUGCAAGUACAGGUCGAUUACAAAGAUGCAACGUUCAGCGACGCGUACGACUGUGUCGGUUUUACAAGUAUACCAAUUUGGACAGGGAUAUUCGUGACGGUAAUACUAGGCUUGAUCAUGAUAUGGGCGCUCACCAUGAUCAUGGAUAUUCGCACAAUGGACAGAUUCGAUGAUCCUAAGGGGAAAACUAUCACGAUUUCCAGCGCGGAAUAGAAUAGUAAUAAUAA